GCACACGGACGGAGAAGGGAUGGACCGCGAUGAAACUGUAUGCCGUGACCAUCCGUAUGAGUUGAAGAUCAACAAAAGUGGAAGCGCUCGCUCCCGUGUACGUGCACGCUCCAGCCCGGUGUGUUUGGAUGCAAAGUGAGCCCACACUGACAGCUCCGAGCUCGGGAGCGGAAUAGCAGAGUCUACACCUCAUUUGGAGGAUAAAACCCUUCUGGAUACGAUGAAACGCGCCCGGAAUAGCAUCCACCGAGCAUCAGGGACGAGGACCGCUUUAAUUUAAUCUGGUAUUUAAUUGGGCUUUCGGAUUCUGAUGAAGACGCCCCUGCGACUGCUUCUGUGGAUGAAGCUGCCUUCGAUGUCCAGGUUAGGUUUCAGUAAAUGCAUGGGUAAAUAAAGAAGUCACAGGAGUAAGGCGCAAUAUAAACGCAUUAGAUAAUAAUAAUAAUUAAACAAUAGUUUAUUAUUUAAAAAAAAGGACAUGGCUACAGUGGACUCGGAUCUAAGCCAGCUCCAUGCAAAUCUUCGCUGACAGUAUUUUCCACCUUACUGAGCCGUGUGUGGCUGCCUCCAUCUCUGCCAAAGAAGAUAUAUAUAAAAAAAAAAAAAACAUCCGUCAGAGCCGAAAAUGCAACGCUUCGUCUGAAAGCAGAACGAUAAUGAUACAUGCGUGCGCGUAUCUGUCUCCAGCAAAGAAGGAUUUCUCCUGCGGCAGACCUAACGUCGCCCCGCGGCAGCAGAGGCGACUGAAGCAGGCCGCUGCGCACGCACGGAGGCGGGUUUGUUGCGCUCAGACUGCGCUGGAUGCUGAACAUGGUGCCACUUCGCUGCCCCGCAGCAGUCCCUGAGUACCUGCUGCCACUCGGCUUUCGGCUCGUCACCCUCGCCCCCCUUCAGCUGCGUUAAAAUGGACGAGGGCCCUUCGCCGAAAGCCUUUCAGGGACGCUCAACCGGCCGACGAGUGGCCGCGCGUGGAUAGGAUUUAGCCCGCACCGACUCGUGGAGAUGUAGGGCGCACAUAUCGGCGACUGUUUCCACGCACGACGCAGAGGAGAAAGCGGCCCACAUUCAUGGAGACGGCUGGCGGGGGAGGUGCAUCGGCUGGAUGAGAAAUAACGUGAAGCCGCUGCGCAGAGGAUUUCACUGGGCUCACACACACAAGGCUGCGGCUGUUAUCGGCAGCCCGAUAAUUUAUUUUCCGUACUGAAAUUAAUCUGACAGUCAGCUGGGGCGUCAUUGUCGCCCCGGCAACUGGUGAAUCUGCCUCUUAGCUCUCAGGGUUCGUUGUUAAUUGGCUGGAAUUAGAAUCUGGAUUUUUAAUUGGCUUGUGCGUUCUCCAAAGUCACAAUUGAGACCAGAUUUUAUUUUAUUUUAUUUAAUACGUUUCCUGAACCCUAUAGGCAGGAAGUAGUUAUGCACAUAUUUCAUUAAAUAUUUGCAUCCUGUAAUGCGAAAUCACGCUGAUAGUUUAGGAUACCUGCUGUGUUUUCCAGUCCACUGAGCAAUUGUGUCAACUCUCAAAAGACUCAUGAGUUCAUGCAAACAAUCGGUCUUCUAGGAAUCCGUCUUACGGAUCUGCCCCCGCUUAGUGGUGUUGUUAGACCUGAUGUACAUUGACCCCUGUGUGAAGCUACUUUUUGGGAAUACAUGUUACUUAGGUAUUGUGUUGCAAAUCCACAAUUUGGCACAGAUUCGUAAGUGAGAUGUGGUGAUGGGGGAGAGCCCCUGAUCUGGACUGCCUCAGGCUGGUCGAGACCCCCCCCCCCCUCGUCUUAGUCCAUGGGCUUCGUGUGGAUUUCGUGCCUGAGUUGACACGAGGCCGGCCCACGGCGUCCGGCAGCAGUCAGGCUGCCAUGAAUCCAUACGGAAGAGCGAGUAGCAAAGCGACCCCCGUGUCCUGCACCAGCUGCGGGGGCCGCUGCUCACCACCUCCCCCUUGCCUCAUCCCCCCUGGGACCCCGUCCUCCUCUUCUACUACUACCUCCUCCUCCUACAUGCCCCCGAGCAUGACCCCUCCGCCGCCAAUGUCGCCGGCUCCGUUCGCGCAGGUGGAGAACGGGACCAGCUGGAACUCCCCCACCGUCUCGUCCUCGGACUCUCCGGACUCCCACCCCGGUCACAGAUGUGGGGCUAAGAACCCCAACCCUUACUGGACGGCGGUGUUCGAUUACGAGGCCACGGCCGACGAGGAGUUAACCCUGCGACGCGGGGACCUGCUGGAGGUGCUCUCCAAAGACUCCAAAGUGUCCGGGGACGAGGGUUGGUGGACAGGAAAGAUCCAGGACAAGGUGGGUAUCUUUCCAAGUAACUACGUCACGAGGGGAGACGUUGCCAGUUACCAGCAGCUGAAGGUCGGGGGGCUGGUGGCUGUCAGGGUGAGCGAUUCCCCCCUGGAGGUUGACUUCUCGGAACUGACGCUGGAGGAGGUGAUAGGAGCGGGCGGGUUCGGGAAGGUGUACAAAGGAGUUUGGCGAGGAGAGGAGGUGGCCGUAAAGGCCGCCAGGCAGGACCCAGAUGAGGAUAUCAGCGUCACAGCGGAGAGCGUGCGGCAGGAGGCCAGGUUGUUUUGGAUGCUCCGUCACCCCAACAUCAUCUCUCUCCGCGGAGUCUGCCUGAAGGAGCCCAACCUUUGCUUGGUGAUGGAGUACGCCAGAGGAGGGGCUUUGAACCGCGCACUGGCCGGGAAGAGGGUCCCCCCGAGAGUUCUGGUGAACUGGGCCGUGCAGAUCGCGACGGGCAUGGAUUACCUGCACAACCAGGCGUUCGUACCGAUCAUCCACAGAGACCUCAAGUCCAGCAAUA